ACGACCGAACCUCGCUCUUUUAGUAAUCCAUCCAUCCAUGUUGGCUCUUUCCCACCAUCCCUUUUUACGUCAUCUCCCGCCCCCUCUUUCUUCUUCUUCUUCUUCCCUGCCUUCUUUUCUAACUCCUAAUUCUGUCAAGAGAUUCGGCGCGGUCCGAGCCUCCAUGGACCAACCGGCAGCUGCGUCGCAGGUGAUGGGAUUCCCGCAUCUGCCGCCGCCCCAUCGGGAUCUGAUGGUGGAUCUGCUCUCCACGAUCGAGGCCCGGCUGGGCCCCCACCUCCUCCCCUCCGUCGUCCCUUCCGACGUCCUCUCCUUCCAGGGCCAAGGCGGAGCAUCCAGGGGCGCCCUCGAUAUCCGAUCCGGCGGUCAGGACUCCUCGGUUGAUUUCAUAUUAGAAUCAUGGCUCCACUGCAAGGUCCCAUCUGGUUCUCUCAAUAUAACUACUCUAUUUGCCUUCCUUAAGGCUUCAACAGAUGCACCUCACCUUCUUAUGGAGUUUAUACAAGGCAGUCCAACCUCUCUCAUCCUCUUCAUGGAUUUGCUUCCUCGCAAAGAUCUUGUUCUACACCCUGACUAUCUUGAUGAGUUCUACCAGAAUACCAAUGUGGAUAAAGUGAGGCAAGAACUUGAGAAUGUGCCGCAGGUGCUACCGUAUCGUUCAUCCUCUCUUUACAUACGCAGUGUCCUAUCACCAACGGCAGUUGCUGUUCAAAUCAAUUGUGGAGCAGAGGGAGAGAGUGCUAUGGAAGAGAUUAUGCGAGUUCAGCUUGACAGUGUUGCCAAGGAAAUUAUGAGAAUCUGGUUGGAUAAAUGUGCCAGAAGUAUUAAACAAUUGGGAGAAACCGAGAGGGCCGAUUUGCUCAGAAGAGACACUUUGAUCAAGAAUAAGACUGUUGAAAUUGAUCUUGCUGCAAACUUGCCUAGAUUAUUUGGCCCUGAUGUUGCAAACCGAGUGGUGGAAGCAAUUCAAAAAGCUUAUAGGAUAUAAGACAGCAGGCAGUGAAGGUGGCUAUUAAUAUGUGGUUAGCAAAAGACAGCUUCUGAAGAAAUACUGAAUGGAUAACAAUCACCAUUAGCAAAUCCAGCUGCAAUAUUGGCUCGUUACAAUAAAUGUCAUUAGUCUUACAAGGGUGUAAGUUUUCCUAUUGUAUCAUGUACUCAUCAGUAUCUGAUCAUUUGAAGGGUUAUUCGCCUGCUUCAUCCUACCUUAGAAGCCACAGCAGAGUGAUUCGGAGUAGGCAAAUAAAAGUCGCAUAUUGAGAAUGUAUAUAUGCAAUAUCUAUGUCAUGUUUUUGAGAAAAAAAUGUCGCCAAUCUGUGCUAUGACUUGUAUUUAGCUUGUUUCUUCCUGUAUCUUCACAUGGUGCUGGUUUAGCUUCAUCUCUAACUGGCCUUUCAGGUCUACAAAGCAAAGAGCAACUAUUUUACAUCUGAGAUCCUAGCUAAUUCACCAAGAUUUCAGAUGACUGUCUGGCCUUUAUUUCUGAUCCAGAUUCUCAGCUGAAUGCCAUCUCCUUUUGCUUCGAAACAAGAACUCAGAACAUUUAGUGGUUUGUGGUUAUAUGCUUUCAGCUUCUGGCACCAUGGAGCAGAAGUUCAUCGAGUUGAUGAAUGCGGCAGAAUGGGCACAAGUCUUUCUAUUAACUAUGACAAUUAACCACCAGAAGAGAGAGAGAAGAAAAACACCUGUCUCAGCUUCUAGACAGUUGACAACAACAAUCCGGGCAGUAACAUCUUGAAGAAGAAGACGCAAAAGCACCUGUAAGACAUGCUAAAAGGAACUCAAUACUGUGGUGGAUUAUCUUGCAAAUUUUUUUUUAUGUAAUGCACUAAUCAUUUGUAGCGUGUUCUUGUUAAAGAAAUUUACUGCCAACUAUGUCCUCCUAUUUCUUCUUCACCUGGCUAUCUAUGGAUUUGGAAACUGCCAGUUAGCCCCUAA